ACUGGCGGAAGAUUCUUACGGUAUGUAAUUCCAUUUGUUAAUGAUAUUAAUAAGCCACGCAAAGGGCGACGCUUUCUAAAAACGGAAAAAGAGAAAAAAAGGGGUCCGGCCCGAGGAGUUCCUGGCAUUCGCUCCUAUAAGAGUGGCUGCAACUGUACAGUUCAAGUGACAGUGUCGUGAUUUAUUUGAAAUGGCGAUUGAUAUUCGUUACUUUAAAUUGAACACCGGAGCUCAGAUCCCGUCGCUUGGGCUAGGCACGUACAAAGCUCAAGGUGGUGUCGUCGGCGACACCAUUACCACUGCCGUUAAGAUUGGAUAUCGGCAUUUUGAUUGUGCAACAUUAUAUGGCAAUGAAAAGGAGAUUGGUUCUGCUCUGAAAAAGGUGUUUGAUGAUGGCGUAGUCAAACGGGAGGACUUAUGGAUCACCUCCAAAUUAUGGUGUACUGAUCACUUGCCAGGAGAUGUUCCAAAGGCAUUAGACAGAACUUUGCAGGACUUGCAACUUGACUUUCUGGAUCUUUAUUUAAUCCACUGGCCAGUCAGCAUGAAAAAGGGGUCACCUGGGAAUCCUGAAGACCUUACCCAACCUGACAUACCUAGUACAUGGAAAGCAAUGGAGGCUCUCUAUGAUUCUGGCAAGGCUCGAGCAAUUGGAGUGUGUAAUUUCUCAUCAAAGAAGCUUGGGGAUCUUUUGGAAAUUGCACGUGUGCCUCCUGCUGUUAAUCAAGUGGAAUGCCACUUACAUUGGCAGCAGAUAAACCUACAUGCAUUCUGUAAAUCGAAGGGGAUUCACCUAACUGGCUAUGGACCGCUUGGUUCUGCUAGUAAAAAACAUAUUCUUUUUGAAAAUCCUAUUGCAAAUAUGGUUGCACAGGAAUUGGGCAAAACUCCUGCCCAGGUGGCACUUCGUUGGGGACUGCAAAUGGGUCACAGCAUUCUGCCAAAGAGCACAAAUGAGGGAAGAUUGAAGGAAAAUUUUGAUAUAUUUGAAUGGUGUAUACCUGAAGACCUAUUAGCCAAACUUUCUGAAAUUGAACAGGAACGGUUUGUUAAAGGUGCCAAUUUUGUGCAUGAGACUUUUGGCGCAUACAGAACUCUCGAAGAACUUUGGGAUGAAUGAUGAUGAGGUAAGAGCAGAGAAGAGAUGUCUAAGAUAUUGGAAUUAGAAACUAAAUUUUCUUUGUUCUACAGGUGAAUUCCAAUACUGCUAUUUAAGCAUAUUAAAUAAUAAAAUUAAAAUUAUAUGUAUAAAUAAUAAGUACAAAUUGAUUAUUAAAUUUAUAAUAAAAAAAAGAGUUUUGUUCAA